AUGCAUCCAAAAAUUGGUCUUUCCAAAUAUGCAAAAGCGUGGACACCGGUGGAGGAUGCCUCGAUCUCUGUAAACUAUGGAAACUGGGGCCCAUCUUGGGCUCUGAUUUCCCGCCAACUGCCUGGACGAUCUCCAGUUGAAUGCCGUCGCCGUUGGCUAAGACAAUCGAUUCUGCCCACCUUUCAGGUUCCAGAAAAGCCAGACCCGCAAAUGGGAAUUGAAAGUGCUAAAAGAAGAUCCGCAAUUGAGGAGACAAUUAAAAAAGCCCAUUUGGCUGGACUGCGUGAGUCUCCCGCUUUUCCUGCUUUAAAGGUAAUGAAGCCAUUGACGAAAUCUCAAGAAACAGAAUGGAAUGCACGUUUGCAGGGCUUUGACCAAGUCGGAACCAAAUGGGUUCUUUUCCAAGAAGAAAAAAGAAUUCCACUUCCAUAUGAAAAGCUUUCUUCUACACUUCCUCGUCACCUUCCUCGAUGGAGGGUUCGUAGCCAAGGGUGGAAUUCUGUCGAAGAUGCUGUCCUCAGAGAGGCUUACGAAGUACACGGACCAAAUUGGAUAGCCAUUCAUUACGCACUCCCAAAACGAACAUGGCAGGAAUGCCGCAAGAGACUCACCAUGCUCUCUCUUAGAUGGAACCCGUGCAGCAGCGUAUUCCCGGAAAAAUGCUCAACCGAAACAAGCGGUGCAGAGUGA